GAAGAGUUUCAUUUGUGAAAUCGACUGAUAAAAAAUGUUUUCUUUUGUGAAAUCUUUAUUUCUUGGUGGUUCUAGCCUUGAGGGGACCCCCGCAGAUCCUUUAACGCCUAACAUGGAAAAACACAUUAAAUCUUCUUCUGAAUCUUCUUCGGUGACCUCUGAAACGGAAGAGAAUUCGAAGCAUUUGACUAAAAUAAGUGCAACACGGCAGUUUUUAAUUCUUCCAGAAGAAUCAAAGGAUGAAGAUUUACUAAAAUUUGCAACCUUAAAAGGGGCUUUGUAUAGUGUUGAUGGAGGUGAUGUCGAGUGUUUGAUGGAAUCCUGCAACAUUACCAUCUUCGAAAAUACAAUCAACAUGACUUUGGCAUCAGAUGUCAAAGGUUCCCACUGUCAUAAGUUGACGAUCAAAUCUGAAUGGAUUACAAAUUUACAGCAACACUUACCAACAGCCUUUCGAUUAUUAAUUAACGAUCAUCAAGGCAAAGGUGGAAUUGAAUACACUGUUCAAUUCAAAAAUGCCCAAGAAGCAGCUGUAUUUCGAAAGCAAAUUUAUGAAGCAAUCAUUUGCAUGACGUGCGAAUUAUCAUCUGUUGAGUGUGCUAUCGCAGAAUAUAAUACUUUAGAUCGUGAAUUCGUUAUUGUAUCAAAAUGCGUCGUCGCUUCCAUUCUUCAAGACAAAACAAAAUUAAAGUUUUAUCUUACAAUUGAAGAGAUCAAAAACAAUGAGAAGCAAUUCCUUUUCAUUGAUGCGUUAUCUAAGGAUAUACAAAUAUGGGGUUCUCCUACUAGCAAUCAAAUAACGUUUUGGGGAGUCCACCACCAACAAUUGAAUGCAACAAAAACUAUGUUUUUAAUGGAAAUCAACCCUUUAGCAGUUGGAGAAGCCUCAAUUAAUGUUUUCUUUACGCAAAUUGCAAGAGCUUUACAUGAUCCCUCUUUUUUACGCCAGGAAACUUUUCAUCACGAUACUACCAAGGAGGACCAAAGCGAUGUAGACAUGGAAGACGAUGGUUUUGAUGUUGGCCAAUUAGCGAGUGAGUUGCCCAAUUCAAACGAAUUGACCCAUUUAAAUGCGUUUCGUGCGCCACUUGCAGAUACAUCAACGUGUUUAGAAUGGAAAAAGAAUGGACGUCGAUCGGUCGCUCGAUUUAGGCCACCACGUCAUUCCUAUUUCUCAGCUGAAUCGGAUGCUAGUGAAACUGACGAAAAUUCCGAUAAAAAUGAUUUCCAACAUCCUUCAAAACCUUUAUAUUUUAGCGGUUGUUCAAAUGAAAAAUUAGUACACCGAUUUAUGGAGGUGGGAUCGAGCCGUAUGUUUGUAUGUCGUGGUGAUUCAGCACCAGACAAAUCGUUUCAAAGUCGGUCGGAGCCACAAAGCCAUCGAUUACAAUUGAAAGUUUACAAAAAGGAAAAUUCAGAUGAAGAGGUUGUUGAGUCUGUGGGUAUCAUAAGUGGGCAAAAGUUUUGUUACCAAGGAAAAACUUUUGUCCCUUUGAAAGGCUUACUUCAUCAGCACGAAAAAAAAAUGUUAUUAGUUCCAGAAGGUUCAAAAAAUGGAGACAUAUUUAUGAUGGAUUUAGAAACAGAAAAAAUCGUUCAAAAAUAUGAAGCCGAUGACUCAAAAAUUUCAACCUUAUUUCCUACUUUCAAGAAAGCACAAGCAUCUGCUGAUCCAACAUUUCUAUGCGCGAAUCCUAAAGAAUUGUUUUUAAUGGAUACACGUUUAAACAAUGGUGUUGCUAAAACAACAUCCUUCAAUUAUUCGACGAAUCCUCAAAUUUCUGUUGGAGCCACCGAUUCGAAUAAACAUAUUCUAUUAGGAAGUCGUCUAGGUGAAUUACGUCUUUUUGACGGAACUGCUAACGCUAAGGGAGAUUUCAAGCGAGCUAAAACGUUACUUCAAACAAUAAGAGAGCCUAUUGUAGCAGUUGAUGUCAAUAAUGAUGGAAGUUGGAUUCUUGCCACAACUAAAACUUUUUUGGUAGUGUUUCCUACACGCCUUAUUGGAUCAACAAAAAAUGGUUUUGAAACCGCUUUGGGAAAGAAAAAACCCGCCCCACGUUAUUUAAUGCUAACGGCUGAGGAUAUUUUAAAUUACCAAAUUACCACAAUUGAUUUUGCAGCAGCGAAAUUCGAUGCAUCCGAAGAAUCCAUUGUUACAAGCACUGGAAAUAUGGCAGUUGUUUGGGAUUUCGAAAGUGUAAAAAGAAAUCAACCUAUCUAUUCUAUACGGUUUGCUCAAGACUCUAUCAAAGAUGUUCAAAUACCGACGGAUUCGUCUAAUGUCGUCGUUGCUUAUUCAACGGCUAUUGGAUUGUUCGGUACGGAAAAGCACGAACUACCUACGAAUUGAUCCUAUCGAAGUUUUCAAUCUAUUGUUUUAACAAGUCAUGUGAAAGAAUUACUUUUAUUAACAUAGUUUUAUUUAUUAAUAACGACAAGUGAUUUACAAGCAACACAAUGUGUCUGUGACCAGUAGGGUGUGUCUAUCGAAACUUGUUUUUCGUCACACAUCAUUUUAUUGCACGCAUUAAUUUCACGCGUAUUCAUCACAAUUGACAGUACAUAUCUCUACUAUCAACAAACAAAAAAAAUUAUUUACCAACCAUGUCAAAAACAUUUCAACUGCGCGCUACUUAUGAUGACACUUUAAUUAAAGGCAUGACAAUAAAUCAGAAGCAAAACAUAAUAAUUUCUUACAGUUGCAUACCGACUUAUUACAAAAACACUUCCUUGAUUGGUGGCCCCUUUUAAAAGAGGAGUUUGAAAAAGAUUAUUGGCGCUUUUGUUGGCAACAAGUUAAAAAUUCUUUUUCAACUGAACAAAUUCGCUAAUUUAAAAGUCGUUAUAUUAGGUCAAGAUCCCUAUCAUGGAAUUGGUCAAGCGAUGG